UACCUCAUUCACUGAUUAUUCUUUAAUAUUCUUGAUAUUGCUGUAAAUAGGUCAUUUGUAUGAAAUUAAAAUUUUAUACUAGUGUCAAUAUAAUUUAAAUUAUUCCACAUUCAGCUAACCUACAUUUCAUAGUUUAUUUUAAAAUUUUCGUAUCUUUAAACAUGAGCGAAAAAGGAAAAAUUGGAAUUAUUGGCAGUGGUUUAAUUGGUCAGAAUUGGGCCAUGUUAUUUGCUAGCGCCCACUACAAUGUAACCAUAUAUGAUGUCAGUUUAGAACAAGUAAACACUGCUCAUAAUAAAAUAAAAGAUGAACUGGAAACAAUGGAAAAAAAUGGAAUUUUAAGAGGCAGCCUUAAUGCAAAACAACAAAUUGACCUUAUUAAAGGUGUUACUAAUCUGGAAGAAGUAGUGAAAGAUGCAGUUCUUAUUCAAGAAUCAGUACCAGAAGUAUUAUCCAUAAAACAACAACUGUAUAAUAAGAUUGAUAAAAUAGUUGGUUGCCAAACCAUAAUUUCUAGUUCAACUUCAACAUUUUUACCAUCAGCUCUUUCUGAAAAAAUGGAACACCGUACUCAAUUAAUUGUUUCACAUCCAGUCAAUCCACCAUAUUUUGUACCAUUGGUGGAAAUUGUGCCAUCAGAAUGGACAGAAGAUUGGGUAGUAAAGAAGACUAGAGCAAUCAUGGAAGAAAUCAGACAAUCACCUGUAACUCUUGCUAAAGAAAUACCGGGAUUUGCAUUGAAUCGGAUUCAAUAUGCCAUAUUGAAUGAAUGUUGGCAUCUUGUAAAUGAUGGAAUACUUAACGUAAAAGAUGUAGAUACAGUUAUGUCUGAAGGUCUUGGUAUGCGAUAUGCUUUUCUUGGGCCAUUUGAAACUACUCAUUUAAAUGCUGAAGGGUUUGUGAACUAUACUGAGCGUUAUUCAAAUUCUAUGUUUGGUGUGUGUCAACAAUUCAAGCCAUCUCCUAAGUUUGAAGGACCAUUAGUAAAUGUUAUCGGAGAGCAAUUAAAUAAUAUCACUCCAUUAGAAGAGCUCAAUAAACGUAGAUCAUGGAGAGAUCAAUCUUUGAUAAAAUUGUCACAACUUAAAAAAUACAAUAAUUAUUAAAUUAUGUUUUAAAAUAUAUUUUUAUUAUACAUUAGUUA